CUAAAUUUUAAUGACGAAAUAUAGUCUUAUUUUUGCUUGUCUUUUAAUUUGUUGUUUUGGAAAGAAAACAGUAUAUGAUAGAUUACAUGGUACUCACAUUGAAGAAGAAUUCGAAAAUGAAGUAAUUACGGAGAUAACAAUGUAUGAUGGAGAAGACCCUAAAUUAAAAUAUGAAUAAAUGAUGAAUACCUUUAUGAGAUUAAGUAAUUGAUAAUAAAUUAUAUGUAGAUGAGACAUAAGUUAUAGGUUGUAGGAAAACUGAUCAUCAUGAAUUCUUUGGAAUGUUUUUUCAAAAUGCUGGAAGAAUAGGAAAUGGUGGAUAAAAUAAUAUUAAAUUAAUCAAGUAUGAGGAUGAUUGUUAUGAAUCAAUGAGGGUUUCAUAUGAAACGAAUGAAGCAAAGAAGUUAUUCUUAUUAUAUAUUAUUAUAUUUUAGUCGUGUUUAAGUUACCUUUACUCCUGGAAAAUAUAAAAAUAGUUAAUAAUGUUCUGAAUUUUAUUUGAUAGGUACAACUUUGAAUUAUAAUAUCGUCAACAUUAAAGAUUGUAAAAUUAUUAAAAUUAAUUUUAUUUAGAGAAGGAACAUAGAGUCUAUUUUAAUUUUAGAAAUGAGAAAUAAGUUGAAGCAUUUAAAUAUACAGGUGCAUAUAUAUUUAGAACAUGUGAUUAUUUGGAGAAUUGGUUUGGUGAUUUAUUGAUGACAUUAGAAUUAUUUUUUGGUGGUUUUUCAAGUAAUCCUUAUUUAGGUCCAAUAUUUGGAAGGUAGAUUGUUAAAUAUAUUUUAGUCAUCCACCUGAUUGGAUGGUAAGAUCAAAUAUAGAAUUUAUAGAGAGAACAACAGGUUUUAGAUGGUAAGAAAGACCAAAUGUUGUUGUUGAUUUGAAAGUUGAUGAAGUAAACAAUGGAGAUUUUUUAGCAAUUACUAGAUUUGAUGGAUUAGAUUAAAUUAUUGAAUGGGGAACAGGAGGUAGAAUAGGUCAUAGUGCAAUGAUAUUUGAAAUAGAUGGCGAAAAAUAUGUAAUUGAAUCAUAAGAUGCAUGGUAUUGGCCUACUAAAAGAAUUUAAAAGACAAAAUGGGAAGAUUGGAAAGUAUAUGCUAAGAAUGCUGGAUUUAAUGUUGCUGUUUUACCUUUGAGUCCAGAAAAAAGAGCAUAAUGGGAUUAAGAAGCAGCUUUAGAAUAUUGGAAAAAGAUGGAAGGUUAACCAUAUGGAUAUCAUACUUUUUUAUUUGGUUGGAUUGAUACACCAACAGAUAAUUAUCCAAAACCUUUGAGUGCAGAGUUUGCUACUUAUUUAUUCUCUUUUAUAGAAAAGAUAGCACCAGGACCAAUAACUUCAUUAGUAGGAGAAGCUUUAAAUAAAAGAUUAGGUACAGAAGGUUUAUCAGUAUCAGAAAUAGCAAUAGAAGCUGCAAAAAGAGGAAUAGAAUUGGUAUGAAUUAAAUAAAUAUUGAUAGGGAGAUUUAUAUGCAAUUGUAGAAAGAGAUGAAUGGAUAUAUAGUGAUGGUCCAAGUUAAGCAUGUGCUGCAUUUGUUACUGCUAUGUAUAAAGCAGCUGGUUUAUUCAAACCAUUCCAUAUUGAAGCACUUGAGUAAUAAUCAUAAUUUAUGAUAGGUUUACACCUAAAGAUAUUUAUCAAUUGAAAUUCUUUGAUUAAAAUUAUAUUGUUCCAAAUAAAUGCAAGUAGAAUGAUCCAGAUCUUCCUUAUUGUUAAUUGAUGGGAUCUCAUAGAAUUGAAUUAGAAGGAUAUAAUACAGUUGAACCAUAUGAAAAUAUGAAUGAGAGAUGCCCAAGUAUUCCACCUGAAUAUAUAAGGCCUGAUAAUUGUUGACUUUUUAAGUCUAAAUAG